ACAGCCAAUCAGCGUCGCCGUUCUUAGAAGGCGGCAUCGGGUGGAGAACUGCUGUUAGUCUGCGCUGUGUUUAUUGUUAAGGUUGUGUGGAUUAGCACUGCGGUACCCAGGUACCCUUUUAAUAACAUCAACAAUACAGCUUUAAGAUGAGUUAAAGCUGCUCGACCUGUCCUGAGCUGUCUACUUGGGAUGACAGCUGGUGUCUCCAGUGGCUGAAAACAUGAAUGAAGGAAAGGUGAAAGAAAAAAAACAUGAUACUGCACCAAAACUGAUCCCCGCCUGCUGCCAAAGGAACACCCUCAUCUGCUAACCAGCUUGCCCUAGGUGAUGGCUAACUCAGUGGCCUUAGUGGUCCAAGCAGAACUGUUACCACCUCAGUCCACCGCCUCCCUGUCUCCUUUCCCGUCCCUUCUCGGUUCGGGAGAGGAUGGCGAUGGCGAGGACAGAGGGGAGCUAGUGGGGGGAGACAAGGGGGUAGUAGAGGGUGGGGAAGAGGUGGUUCUGGACAUGGUGACGUCAUCUGUGUCGGGUCCACCCCAGCAGCCCGAGCAGUCUGACCAUCCCUUCCAGUGUAUGGACUGCGGGAAGAGCUUCAGGUGGUCGUCCAGGCUGACCCACCACCAGCGGAGCCACAACAAUGAGAGACCAUACCGCUGCAACCUCUGCCCCAAGGCCUUCAAGGGUUCCUCUGCACUGCUCUACCACCAACGGUCUCACUCAGGGGAGAAGCCUUACAAAUGUCAGGAGUGUGGCAAAGCCUUCAAACGCUCCUCUCUGCUCCAGGUCCAUCAGAGUGUCCACACUGGAGUGCGUACCUUCUUGUGCCCCUAUUGCCCUCUGACCUUUAAAUGGAGCUCUCAUUACCAGUAUCACCUGCGCCAGCAUACUGGAGAGUGUCCAUACCCCUGUGACACUUGCCCCAAGGCCUUCAAGAAUUCAAGCAGUCUGCGGCGACACAAGAAUGUCCACCUCGGUCUCAAGCCUUACACCUGCUCAGUGUGCAACAAAUCUUUCACUCAGUCUACCAACCUGAGGCAGCACAUGAGGAUACACACAGGUGAGAGGCCCUACAUCUGCGGCGAGUGUGGACGAAGCUUCACGCAUUCAUCCAACCUGGCCCUGCACAAGAAUUCGCACUCCAACCUCAACGCAGCAGGGAAGGAGGGAAAGAGGGGAGAGGACGCAAGGACGGGACAUGAGGUAGUGGAGGUGGUGGUAGGGGCAGAGGAAGUGACGUCAUCCAUGUUGACGGACAUGGUGGGAUUUGUGAGCCAGGAGGGAGCUGAUGGAGUGGGGGUGGGGAUGGAAGAAGUGUUCCUAUCGACCACCUCGUCCGGGCAGAAUUCGAGCCUUCUCACCCUCACCUCCUCAGGGGAGGGCAUGUGUGCGUCCAGGGCCAUCGGGACAGAGGUUCACCUGAGCACACACACCGGGGCCAGUGUGCUGCUGUACAGCUGUGGUAGCUGCAGCCACACCUUUGGCACACGGACAGAUCUAGAGGAGCACCAGGUCGUGCACAUGGCUCCGGAGGGACACGGGGCCGGUGGAGAGGGGGGGCCCGGAGCAGGGAUGGAGGUUGGGGACGGGCUGGUGGGAGCUGGUCACCUGCUGGCUGAUUUCGAGGAGGUGGUGGAGACUACGACAGUGGCUGAAAACGGACACACGACAGAGGUGCUCCUCGGACUGACGGAGGGAGCAGAUGGCAGCAAUACAAAUGUGGGCGCCACCCAGGCCCAGUUUGACCUGCUACAGAGCUUCACCGAGGUGACUCAGAGCUCUGAGACCGUUCAGCCAGAGGCCAGAACCGCAUGGGCAGGGCUGUCAUGUGGCUACUGCAAUAAGACCUUCAAGACCAGUGGAGGCCUCAAUAGACAUGUUUCACUGAUGCACUCUCUUUCAUCGCAGUCCCGCUCCCAGUUCAGCUGCUCCGCCUGCGACCGCUCCUUCCCCCUUCUCUCCUCACUCCUCACCCACCAACACUCCCACACGCCUGAGCAACGCCUCCUGGCUGAGGCAGAGGCCGAGAUAGUGUGCCCUCCCUCCCUCUCCCUGUCUCUCCCCCUCCCCUCCUCUCCCAGCCAGGCUGACAAACAGCAGGAAGGCCAGAGGGAGAUCCAUGUCAACAUCAUCGCCGUUGGCGAGGAGCAAGAGGAACAGCCGGCCAAACCGACCAGAGCCCCUAAAAAGACGGGAGCCAGCAAGAGCACUCCUGCUGGAGAGAGGCCAUACCGCUGUUCAGAGUGCGGAAAAGCCUUCAAAGGUUCGUCGGGACUAAAGUACCACAUGAGAGAUCACACUGGGGAAAGGCCCUACCGCUGCACCGAGUGUGGAAAGAGCUUCAAGAGGUCGUCUCUGCUUUCAAUCCAUCAGAGGGUACACACUGGUGUCCGGGCUUUCCAGUGCCCUCACUGCCCUCUCACUUUCAAAUGGAGCUCUCACUACCAGUAUCACCUACGGCAGCACACGGGCGAGAGGCCGUAUGUGUGUAAGGAGUGCGGCAAGUCCUUCAAGAACACCAGCUGCCUGCGUAGACACAGUCAGAUGCACUCUGGACUGCGGCCUCAUACCUGCUCCAUCUGCUCAAAGUCUUUCUCCCAGACGUCAAACCUCAAGCAGCAUGAACGCACCCAUUCUGGUGAGAGACCCUUUCAGUGCACACACUGCAAUAAAAGCUUUACACACUCCUCCAACCUCCAGCUCCACCUUCGCACACACUCCUCAAGCAAGGACUUCAAAUGCCCGUACUGCACUAAGGAGUUUGUCAUGCACUCCUACUUGCAGAGGCACAUCCGCACCCACGGCAGUGGCGUUCCCCUGCCGUGUCCUGGCGGUGGAGGUAAAGAUGGAGUGGCUGUGAAAGCCAGUGUUGGUGGAGUAACGACCACCACGACCCUGCUCAACCCCAUCACCUUGGAAACCUCAGGAAACCAUGGCAGCCUGAUCGUGUCCCAGCCAGCACUUAAUAUCCCCCCCAACACCUCCCAAAACUACUUUAUGAUUCAGACAGCCAGCGGCCUGCAGCUCAUUCCUCUGUCAUCCCCUCCACCAGCUCCUCCACCUCCACCACCACCGCCUCCGUCCCAGACCCAAAGCUUCUACCUUCUACAGUGCCCCUCUAACAACGGCAGCCAGUCCAGCUUGAUUCUCGUUCCCACUUCGAACAACCCUUCAGCAGGUCCGGAGCCUCAGACCCUCCCUAUGCUCCAGACAAUCCAAGCACUCCAGCCCGUCCUAAACCAAACACAGACUCCGAUAUCCCACUUUCAAACCAUAUCACAGCAACAACAGCAGACCAGGUACAUAUUCACCAACAAUAAUAACAAUGCAAACACUCCCGUUGCCACGCCAACACGCACUUUCUCGUCCAACUCCCUACUGACCAAGCCCAUAUUAGGGAAGAGCACGCGGAUUGCUCGGGGAAGACGGGGACGCAAACCGAAAGCUGCUCUUCAGAUGUCUGCAGCAGCUCCCGUCAGUCAGACAGCAGGUGGAGCUCCGUCAGUAACAAACUGUACUGGGAUCAGUGUCUCGCAGACUGCUACUACUGCUAACACCACAGAGUCAUUAACAUCAUCUGCAUCCACAGUGUCAACAUCUUGCACUUCUGUCCCAAUUCUUUCAUCUUCCACAGUGGACACCUCAGGACACCCAUCAGCUGUUACCAUGGUAACACCAGCCACCACAGUAGCCACAGCAUCAGUUUCUACUCCCGUCACUGCUACUCUAGAAAGGAAACAUCAUACCACAGUGGGACAAAUAAGGACGGGGGACACCAUGACAGGGAAACAGUUUGUGUUAUGUUUUGAUAAUGAAGGACGGGCAAAGGAGGGGAUGAAUAUGGAGGAGGGCGGGCGAUCAUACGUGUUACAGUUUGACGGGGAUGCAUCAGGAGAGGCAGCAGAUGGAGGAAUGGGUGGGGAGGGAAAAUCACUUGUGUUGCAGUUCAACGCAGAUGGCGAAGGUGAAGGAGCAAAGGGGGGAGGUAAGGGAGGGAUGAUGUCACUUCUGCGUGAGUGGGGUGGAGAAAAGCAGGUGGAGAGACAGACAGGAGAGGAAGGCAGCCACGGAGAGUCUUACGUCCUCCAUUUCCACACCGAGGCACAGGACAGCGGUCCAUCCAAUGCUACCUUCAGCCAAGGGCAAGAAACCAGCCUGCAGCUUUCCUGCACUCCUACCCCAAGUUUGGUGCCUCUUGAUGGGCAGGAGGUGGUGUUUGAACUAGGGGGCGAGGCCAAGAUGGAGCAGGAAACCGAAGAAGGUAUGCAGAUGAUAGCCCUGAUAGAAAGGGAAGGGGGGAUGAUGGGAGAAGAAGGGGCAGGUUGCAAUGCUGCAAGUGGGAGGGCGGAGGAGGACGGAGGAGCCAUGGAAGGCAUAUUCCAGCUGGGAAACGGAGAGGAAAUUGUCAUAAUUGAGGUCAGCACCAGUAGCUUAAGAGACGGAAGAAUGGAGAGAGGAGGGGAUGGAGAGAUCUCACAAAGCAGCGAGGUGAAAUAUGAGAGUGGGACGGCAGAGGCGAACGAAAAAUCUGUAAAGGAACACAACUCAAAUACAGAGGUACAGACAUCAACUGAGGACACAAUAAGAAAUGGACCUAUACCGAACUCUAAAGAGAUGCAGUUCUCUAACUGAAAGUGUGCAUGUUGGAGAAGAAGAAAGUGUGUGUGCGAGUGAAUGCCUCACUAUUCGUGGGCUCGGUGUGUUUAGCACUUUAGUUUGAGUUCUCCCGGAGCUGAGGGAGAACAUGAAGUUAGACAAGUACUGUGUUGUAACCCCAUGGUGCCACAUACUAGAAAUGUUAUACAUUCAAAUAGGCUGUACAUGGACCUCGGAAUAUUCCCUAAAUAUAUUAGUUUGAUGAUGAUACUGUCAUUGGCAGUUUGUUUAUUAAGUAAAUAUGUUUUUUUUGUGUGAAUAAAUGUUGUACAUGGCCCUCUUUCUUCACAAUGUUAAUAGUAAAUAGUAAUUAAUUAUUAAUAAAUCUGUCAAUACCUUU